AUGGCGAAAUUCCAGUACAACAUCUACGGUCGUGGUCGACCCCUGCGAUGGGCCAUCACAUUCGCCUGCCAACUCGCCUUCGUCCUCUUCGGCUAUGAUCAAGGCGUCUUUUCAGGCAUUGUAGGUAAUCAGCAUUUCCGGGAGACCUUCGGCAACCCUGACGACAGUCUCACUGGUAUCAUUGUUUCCAUAUACAACCUAGGAUGUUUCAGUGGAUGUAUUCUGAACUUCUUCAUCGGCGACUAUCUUGGUCGGAGAUUGGCAAUGUGGUUCGCAAUGUGUUGGAUCAUCGUGGGAGCUGUUCUGCAGACAUCCGCUUUCUCUGUUCCCCAUAUCCUUGUUGCGCGGUACAUCACAGGAAUUGGCACUGGCAUCGAGACAUCCACAGUGCCCAUGUAUCAGGCCGAACUCGCGGAAGCCCAUCGUCGCGGCCGAUUGGUGUGCUCAGAGCCACUCUUUGUCGGAAUCGGCAUCGUCAUAUCCUACUUCUUCGACUAUGGCAUGUCAUACGUCAAUGCGCCCCCUGGUAUCGCCUGGCGUCUACCGAUCGCCUGCCAAAUCAUCUUCGCUUUCAUCGUCGUUGGUAUGGUCUUCGGUCUCCCGGAGAGCCCGCGUUACUGCUAUCAAAAGGGUCGCCACGAAGAGGCCAUCAAGAUCCUCUGUGACGUCUAUGACGGCACGCCCGAAACUCCCAAGAUUGCGCGCGAGCAGCAAGAGAUCAUGGAGGCUCUUGAGGUUGAGCGAGAAUUUGGCGAGUACAAGUGGCGUAACAUUCUCACCAAGGACAAGGUCCAGACUGGUAGACGUGUCUUGCUUGCAUACGGAAUGCAAUUCAUGAAUCAGAUGGGCGGGAUCAACCUUGUCGUCUACUUCGUCCCCACCGCCCUCCAAGAGAACGUCGGCCUCUCACACAACACGGCACUUCUCAUCGGCGGCGGCGUUCAGUGCAUGUUUGUCCUCGGCUCGCUGUACCCGACCUUCUUCAUUGAUCGAUCCGGCCGUCGACCGCCGAUGAUAUGGGGGUCCAUUGGCCUCGGUAUCAGCAUGAUGAUGAUCUCAGUCCUUCUAUCAUUGAACAAGCAGGCCGCAAGCUCAGCUUCCAUCGCCUUUUUCUUCACCUACAUGCUAAUUUUUGGCGCUUCCGUCAAUUGCGUCCCCUGGUGCUACGUUCCCGAGAUCCUCCCCCUCCACGCCCGCGCCAAAGGCACCGCCGUCGGGAUCUCCUCCAAUUGGCUAUGGAACUUUUUCGUCGUCAUGAUCACCCCCGUCAUCAUCAACCGCCUUCAAUGGAAAGCCUACCUGAUCUUCAUGUGCCUCAAUUUCGCAUUCGUCCCGCUCGUGUACUUCUGCUACCCGGAGACGGCGAAUUUGACGCUCGAGGAGAUCGAUUUCAUCUUUGCGGAUCAUAGUAAGAGUACAGUCAAGGUCAGUAAGGAGUUGUGUAAGGAGAGGAUGAAGUAUGGGGGUGCGAGGAAGGGGAGUUUUGUGGAGCAGUUCCAUAGUGAUGAGAGGGAGAGAAGGAGGAGCAAACGUGGUGAUAGUGAGGGAACGGCGGUCGCGGAGCAUGAGGAAGAGAAGAACGUUUAA